AUGAAUUUGUCUCACCUAAACAACAAAGCUGAAAGCCAUUUUAAAGUACCAGAGGUGCAUGAACUGGAGACAGUGGGAAAGAAAGCUUGGGAUAAUCCUGUUUACAAUGGCUCUCCCUCUACCUCCUUGAAAAUUCAAACCAUCUACAACCCCAAGUCUAUGCUGGAGAAUCCCUAUGAGAAUUUUGAAGAGGCUGGGGAUCCACUGCCCUACCAGGAAGAAGGAAGCAAAGCUGUGAAGGUGAAGACAAGUCCUUUCCUCCAGUGCUGCUUCUACAUCUUCAGAGGCAUCCGAGGUCUGUGGGGCACUACGCUGACUGAGAACACCGCUGGAAACAGGGAGCUUUAUGUGAAGACCACCCUGCGAGAGCUGCUGGUCUAUGUUAUGUUCUUGGUGGACAUCUGUCUAUUGACAUAUGGAAUGACAAGUUCCAAUGCCUAUUACUACACCAAAGUGAUGUCUGAGCUCUUCCUGCAGACCUCUACAAAUGGCCGUGUCUCCUUCCAGUCCAUCGGCAGCAUGGCUGACUUCUGGGUGUAUGCACAAGGUCCCAUGCUGGACAAUCUUUACUGGACAAAGUGGUACAACAACGAGUCCCUGGCAGCGCACAGCACCCAGUCUUACAUCUAUUAUGAGAACCUGCUGCUGGGGGUGCCACGCCUGAGACAGCUGAAGGUGAAGAACAACUCCUGUGUGGUCCAUGAUGACUUCAAGGAGGAAAUCUUGGGCUGCUAUGAUGUAUACUCUGAGGACAAGGAGGAGAGGGUCUCCUUUGGGCUCAUCAAUGGAACAGCGUGGAGAUACCAUUCUGAGGAGGAGCUGGGUGGUUCGUCUCACUGGGGAAGACUAACCAGUUACAGUGGGGGAGGAUACUACAUAGACCUCAAGAUGACCAGAGAAGAGAGUGCUGAAGCCCUGCAAGUCUUAAAGGAGAAACUGUGGCUGGAUCGGGGGACACGAGUUGUCUUUAUUGAUUUCUCUGUGUAUAAUGCAAAUAUCAAUCUGUUCUGUGUUCUGAGGUUAGUGGUUGAGUUUCCAGCCACUGGUGGUGCCAUUCCGUCCUGGCAGAUCCGGACAGUGAAGCUUAUACGAUACGUCAGCACAUGGGACUUCUUCAUUGUUGCCUGUGAAAUUGUAUUCUGUGUCUUUAUCUUCUACUACGUGGUGGAAGAGGCUUUGGAGCUCCGCAUCCACAAGCUUCAGUACUUCACCAGCAUCUGGAACAUUCUGGAUGUAGUUGUCAUUCUGCUCUCCAUUGUCGCUAUUGGGUUUCACGUCUUUCGCACCACUGAGGUGAACAGGCUGCUGGGAGAGUUGCUGAAACGCCCCAACACCUACGCAGACUUUGAAUUCCUGGCAUUCUGGCAGACACAGUACAACAAUAUGAAUGCAGUCAACUUAUUUUUUGCCUGGAUCAAGAUAUUCAAGUACAUUAGCUUUAACAAAACGAUGACCCAGCUCUCCUCCACGCUGGCACGUUGUGCCAAGGACAUCCUGGGCUUUGCCAUUAUGUUCUUCAUUGUCUUCUUUGCCUAUGCCCAGCUGGGUUACCUUCUUUUUGGGACACAAGUGGAAAACUUCAGUACCUUUGUUAAAUGCAUUUUCACCCAGUUUCGGAUCAUUCUUGGUGAUUUUGACUACAAUUCCAUUGACAAUGCCAACAGAGUCCUUGGGCCUAUUUACUUUGUCACCUAUGUGUUCUUUGUUUUCUUUGUGCUUCUGAAUAUGUUUCUGGCCAUCAUCAAUGACACCUACUCAGAAGUCAAGGAGGAGCUUUCGAGCCAGAAGGACGAGCUGCAGCUCUCUGACAUCUUGAAGCAGAGCUACAAUCGGACACUCAUGAGGCUGAAGCUGAAGAAGGAGCAGAUUUCUGAUGUGCAGAAAGCCCUGCAGAAUGGAACAAAACAAUUAGACUUUGAAGACUUCAAGAAUAGCUUGAAGGAACUGGGCCAUGCAGACCAUGAGAUCACAGCAGCUUUCUCCAGAUUUGACAGAGAUGGCAACCACAUCCUUGAUGAAGAAGAGCAACAGCAGAUGAAGCAUGACCUAGAGGCAAAAAGGGUUGCUCUGAAUACAGAGAUUGAAUAUUUGGGGAAAUCCUAUGGUGACAACAACCUGGAUGAGAAUCUGACCUACAUGGAAGCAAGGAAUAACCAAACCAAUAAGGCCACCUGGGUCUCCAAGGAAGAGUUCCAAGUCCUCCUGCAUCGUGUGCUGCAGCUGGAACAGUCCAUAAACAGUGUUGGCUCCAAGAUUGAUGCAGUGGUGAACAAGCUCGACAUGCCAGAAAGAAAAGAGCUGAAGAGGAAGGAUCUGUUGGGCAAACCAGUGGGUGAUAUUAGCAAGGAGGAAGAAGCCAGUCAGGAAGAGCUGCACCCCCAGAGCCUAGACCAGCUGGGGAAAGAAGCAGCAGAAAGCUGGGGGAUGGAACACAUACAGAGAAACAACCUGAGUGGCGACUCUUCCCACAAUGGGGUCUAUCACAUCUUGCCCAAGUCAAGUGUGCUGGGGUCUCAGGUGCCCAAGAACCUCUAGCCAGUCUGAUGUGUACUUCUAUAGCAGUGCUCAACAGCCCAGUGCUCCCAGUCUGGCUGCCGUGGUACCAAGUCACUGUCAGUUGUUCCCCCACCGUUAGGAUAAUCCAGACAGCUGGACACAGACACCACUGUUGCCAGGAACUCCUACUGUGAAAGAUCAGGGAUGCUCUUCUCCAGUGUAAUGAUGUAUCAUGUCACAGAGGUAGAACUUCUGCCCCCCUUCACCUUCUCCCCUGUACCCAUGUCUCAGGAGGAGUUGAAAUUUGGCACUAGGUGAUAUAUUAAAUUUCUGUUGCUGAACAGGCUGGCACAACAUUGUUUAUCUAGCCUUCCCCAAAAAAUAGGGACCCCAGAAUUCAGAACAUUUGUGUCCAGAGUGCCAUAUUGCAACUUGUUCCCAAUACACGAUGGUCUGAGAGAAAUAUAUGGCUGUUAUGUAAAGAAAGCAGAAUAUAAUCACCAGUGUGAAAUGGGAAGAAGAAAUUUAGUUGUUUCUACCUGGUUAUAGCCAGUUUUGUUCUGUUGUAGUUUGUUUCCAGAUUACCUUGGUAACCUCUGUACCUCAGAUUCAGGUGUUGAGGAAAGAGAUAAUAGUGCUUAACUCUGGAUAACUACAAUAAGAGUUGACACCAGUGUAAUUGGGAGAAGGUUUGAAAUAUUCUAAAAUGAGAAGCAGUUGGUGGAGUACUAGGUCUGAGUGUUAGGGAACAAACUUCAGAUUACAUGAUUUCUAAUAUAGCUGUUGACACUAAUAAAUAUUUGUCAUUUAUUUUCACACUUCUUAAAUUGCAUCUUAAGGUUCUUGCCUCUUGUAAACUAGCACCCCGUUUAUGAAGUUUGAUGCUUCUUGUUUUUGUUGAGGAAACAAAUUUGCACUUGUGGAUGCUGACACCAUUUGCCUUGAAGAAUAUUGUGAAAAUGAGAUGAGUGUCAGGUUUCUUUACCACGUGCAAAAUACUUCUUUUCCAAGCAUUUUCUGUUUGCUGAGGCUUCUGUUUCCUUGUAAUUGAUGCAGACUACAGCUGCUAUUACAGGACCAUUGUAAAUAUAUUUCAAAUACCUUAAUCACUGAUAUUCUGCAAUAGUUAAUGUCAAAUAGGCUCUGUAGGCUUAAGGCCAAUAGCAGUGUGAGCUGUA